UUUUAACUUGAAGUCCACGAGGUUGGCUCCUUCGAUCACCUUGAUCAUAAUGAUUAUGGACUAGUACGAGCCGGUUCUGCUAUCUAGAACAGACCCCUGCCUGUGGCGCCACUGCUCGCGUGUUUGAAUUAACGAAAACCCAAAUUCGUCCGUGAGGGAUUCCACAGCAAGAUAAGAUAGCGGGGGGAGCCGGCGGAGGAAUUCAUCUUGUCCUAUAUCCACCACCUUGUACGCAAAGAAGUUAAUAGUAUGGCAUACGAGAGCAUCCCGCUUGAAGCCUUCCAUGAAACCUUCAAGUCCAAUACUGAGCUCUCCAGCGUCGCACUAGGAGGAAAAGUUGUGAAGGUCUCAGACGAGUUCUUCGCUGAGGCAUUUCACUUGCUUGAAGUCGAGCCAGCUCCCAGCCUCAAAGGGCAGUUUGGCCCUAAUGGCGCGCUGUAUAGCGGCUGGGAGACACGGAGACAUAAUCCUUCCUACGACUGGUGUGUCAUUAAACUUGGUACGUUGGGUACAAUCGUCGGGUUCGAUAUCGACACAACCCAUUUCAACGGUAAUGAAGCCCCUGAAGUGUCCGUAGAUGGUAUAAUUGAUUCAUCACUGGAUGAACAUGACGCGAACAAUGAAAAGUGGACGGAAAUAUUACCCCGUGUCCCACUCGGCCCGACUCAGCGGCAUCUUUUCAAGAUACCAGAAACCGGACGAGUGAAGUUUGUCAAGUUAAACAUGUAUCCGGACGGUGGUAUUGCGCGUUUCCGUGUCUACGGUAACGUCGCUCCCGUCCAGCCUGACAGCACUCAAGAAGUAUUCGACCUCGCUCAUGUCUUCGCUGGAGGUCGCGUGACAUAUAUGUCUGACCAACAUUUUGGUGUUGGCGCGAAUCUGAUUCUCCCAGGACGAGGUAAAGAUAUGGGCGAUGGUUGGGAGACUAAGCGAAGCCGGCAGAAAGGCCACAAGGAUUGGGUGAUUAUUAAAUUGGGCACACCGGGUCAUCUAGGAACGGUCGAAAUCGACACGGCACAUUUCAAGGGCAACUUCCCGGAGACCUGUGAACUCCAUGCUUUGUACAGCGAAGACGAGGUGCCAGAUAGCGACGCCGCCGAUUGGACACAGAUUUUGUCCCCAGUCAAGCUCGGACCGCAUCGGAGGCACUUCUUUGCACUGGAAGCAGAUGUUUGUAUUGCCUAUACGCACGUAAAGCUUACCAUAUAUCCUGAUGGUGGUAUCAAGCGCGUACGAGUCUAUGGUACGAAGGGACCUUGUCCCACUACACCAGACCUUGCGGUCAGACCCGGUGACACAGCAGAAAACGGUGCUGCUGUGCCACUUGAAUCGGCCCCUAUAGCAAUUAAACAAGUCAAAACCAUACCCGUUCUUCCUCUUACACCAGAAGCCUUUUCACCCUUUGGCCAAGUCGUUCAAGCAUAUAGUGAUCAUACCGCAGCUCCCCCAGGGAUUAAGAUCACGCCUGCGAAUCAGGGAUCUGCAACCAAAUUCCAUAAACUUUCACCUUUAGAAUCGUCGUAUCCAGCUGGUCUGGGGGCUAGCAGUGGGCUGUCUGUCUAUCGCUGCAAUCCGACCAAAGUUGUUAAUGGUGGUGUGGAGCUCAAGGUCGUCGAGCGUCAUCCAUACACGAACCAGGCCUUCAUUCCUAUGGGUGGGGGAGGUAUACAGGGUGACGAGGCGCUGAAGGAGCCAGGUAGUGCAUACCUUGUGGUGGUCGCUCACAAUGGAGCAGACGACAAACCCGACUUCAAUACUCUUCGUGCAUUCGUAGCGAGUGCAAGGCAAGGAAUCAUGUAUAACACUGCAAUUUGGCAUCAACCGAUGACGGUUUUGUACAAGCCAAUGGACUUUACUUGCGUGGAGACGCAAAUCGGGAACGGCGACAAGGCGGAUUGCGAAAUAUUGGAGUUGGAAGCUAGCGAAGUGGUUAUUUUGGCGCUUCCGCGUCACUAGGUUACCUUACCCUUCGGACGAUGUAUCGACAAAGCAUGAUAUCAGAUCGGAGUGAUGUGUAUUAUUUAGGCUCUAGUGUUGUUUGAGAUCAAGCCACGAUCCAGGCUUGUAAGUUCUAUGUAGGUCAGUGAUAUGUCUAUUAAUGUAAUAAAUCUACUUCUUUGCCUGUGGCAUCGUCUUGCGGUAGGCCUCUUCCAGUUCCUUCUGAACGUUGGGUAGUACAGGCAUGUGGUU